AUGCCUCCGAGAACUCGCGCUUCGAGUAAACGCACUGGGAGUACUGCCUCCAGCUCCAGCCUUGGUGGCACACGACCGCUAUCUUUCGGCGGUGAGAACAACGCGUCCAUCACCAGCUUCCUCAAGCCACAGACGGCAAAUUCCAGCAGAAGUCUCUCUGUAAAGUCUACGAUGGUUGAUGAGGAGUUUGGUGGCGGUGGUGGCAGUGGCGGCAGUGGCGGUGGCAGUGGUAACGGCAGUCGCAGUGGCAGUAUCAGCGGCAGCCACACCCACGCCUCGCUCUGGUCAGAUGCUUACGCUCCCACUUCCCUCGACCAGCUCGCAGUCCACACACGCAAGGUGGCCGAUAUCCGUCGCUGGCUCGCAGAAGCGACGAGUGACACGCGCACUAGCAAAUACAGGAAAGUACUCGUCCUCACUGGUACAGCUGGCUGCGGCAAGUCCACCACCGUCAAGUUGCUAGCCCAAGACAUGGGUCUUGGUGUAGAGGAGUACCUCAACAGCUCCACCUACCGCUUCCCGGGCGACGAGUAUGGUUGUGGGGUUGCACCCAGUAAACAUUUUGCAACGUAUCUGGGUAAGGCUGCUACAUACCGCCCACUCUCCUUCAACAGCACAAGUAGAAAAUCACACCCAUCACACCAGCUUAUCCUCGUCGAAGAUCUCCCGAACGUGCUCGAAACGCACACGCGCGAAGCUACACACCAGGCGUUGCGCACACACUGCCUCGCUGCGCAAACACGCAACACACCCCUCGUUAUAAUUGUCUCAGACACCGGCACACGAGGCACGGGCGGGAGUGCGGAUGACGUAGGUCCUUCGCUCGGCACCCCCAAACAGGUCAUAGACGCGCGUUUAGUCGUCCCAACCGAUAUCCUCGACGGCCCUUACUGCCAGACUGUUCACUUUAAUCCACUCGCUAGGACCUUCCUCACCAAGUCCCUCAGUGCUUUGCUCGAGAGGCACGCACGCUGCACGCAAGUGGGAGCAGACUCCACCACCCGCUAUCAGCGCCCGCACGACGAAGCUCUCCAUCUCGUCGUAGAAUCUAGCAAUGGCGAUAUACGUUCAGCUGUGAACACGCUCCAGAUGCUCUCACAGUGUGCUCUGCCUGGGGGUGGUGGGAGUAAGGGUGUGAGUGGAAAUAAGAGUGAGGGUAAACGCCGACGCAAAAACCAUGUAAGCAUGAGCAUGAGCGACGGCACGCGUUCAGAGAUGCACGCGUCGCUAUCGACGCUAGCCCGACGAGAGACCUCGCUCAAUCUAUUCCACUCGCUGGCUAAAGUUCUGCGCAACAAGCGGCAUGGCUUUGACGAUGGGUUGAGUGAAUAUGAGUGUGAGUGUGAGCACAUGCCCGCCACCUUGCCUAUACCCUUGCACAUGCACAAUCGCAGCAAGCCACGCUCUCACGUCAACCCCACCGCCCUCUACCAGGAUAUACCCGUCGAUGUAGACACUUUCCUCCUCUUCCUCGCACAUAACUACCCCGCAUACUGCGCAGACUGUGACCAGGCGGAGAAUGUAGCAGAGGCACUAUCUGCGGCGGACAGCAUGGGCUCACACUCGUUUUCAUCCUCACUCUCGAACAACACCUCAUCUUCCAACUCGAGCUCACUCGCACUCUCCAACACAUUUGAAUACGCCGUGCGAGCCACCCUCGACACCCUCCCGACACCAUCCCUCAAGCGCAGCCAGAAGAUGCGCAAACCGGCCCAUUUCCUCGCGCGACAGGUUCACAGAGAGCGUGCAGAGAGGGUACGCGACGUCGCCAGGCAGUCUGUCACACUCGCGGGACAGGCUGAUUUACACGCUGUCGAGGUAGAUGUCCUGCCUAUGCUCAAGCAAAUCUGGCCAGUCACAAGCGUGGAGCCGUCUCUAAACAGCUGGCUCGCGUACGGCGAUAAACGCUUCGAUUCCCUUACGGCGGAUAUCCUAGGCGAGAAUGAAUACGAGACCGAUCUGGAUCUGGAAGAGGACAACGCCCAUACUUUACGUCAACCACACACUAAUACCGCCACCCAGUCGGAUAAAUGGCUUUCCCUUAAAGAUGCCCUAGGAGCUGUUGAUCUUGUUGAACACGACAACGUCUACGAUGUCGAUGAGGAGAUUGAACAGUUUUCUGAUAUAUAA